UAAAGUAGCAUAUGAAGGAAAUACUCAAGUUAAGCACCUCAAAAUUGUAAAUAAGUACAGAACUUGUACAGAGCUCAACCGUUGCUAAAAAGGAAAAGGAUUGUAGGAAUUCCUGAACACCGGACAUGACUUAACUGUACAUCAUGAGCCGUGGCCUGCAUUUACUCUUCCUGAUUGGCUGAGUAUUCUAACAGCGGUCUGCAUGUGUUCCUCUCGUUACUUUUCUGUAGCAAAAGAGCAAAUAUAUCUGCGCGGUGUUACUCCGGCAUGGAGCACUUUCGGGAGUUUGAGAAAGAACAAAACCAGAAUUGGUUGAAAGGUGUUGUGGCGUUGUUGUGUCUUCAGAAGCCGCUGGAGCGGUUCAUCGAUGAGGAAAUUGGGAUUUUCCACCGAAAGCUGGGCGACGAAUGCGGCGAGAUACCGUGUGUGAAGAAUUGCAAUUUCAAUAACUGGAAACCGCAACCGAACCAGAGUCCUCCUCUAGAUUGUGAGGUGUGUUCCUCUUGGAGAGAUUCAAUAUUGGCCAACCACACCAGUCCGCGUGGAAAGGUGAUGUGGAUGAACAGUAAGCCCGACCGGUGGUCCCAAGAUAAAUGGGAAGUGGCUAAGGUGUACAUGUCAGAUGGUCAUAAGAACCAUAAUUCCAUUGGGGACUUUGACAUUGCUGCACUUCUGUGUCUCAUGAAACAAUGCGAGCACUUCAAGAAGUUUAAGCUCGGCGGAUUGUGUGACAAUGUUGCCAACGUCCGAAACAAUAUUAUGCAUGCAGCAUGUUUCCAGUUGAAGCAAGGGGAUUUGCUCGAUUACUUUAAUCGAAUCAGAAAGCUUGGUGAGGUGCUGGAACAACAUGUUCCUGAAUUCAAAAGCAUGUCUAAAGACAUCGAUGAGAUUCAGAACCUUGACUGUAGAUUGAUGUUGCCUGACGACAUGGCGGCUCAGAAAAUUCAGGCUGAAAAAUUUCAAGAUGAAAAACAUCUGGAGGACAUACUUUUUGCUGUUGCGCAGGAGGCAGCUGAACAUCAUCUCACCAGGAUGAAGCUGGAGAAGCUGGAGAGACAAAUUGCUCAACAAGAGAACAUGCCUUUGACGGACUACUACGCUCUGAUUCAUCAACCACGUGGUUUGUGUGUGGUCAUCAAUAAUGAGUACUUCCUGGGAACCCUGCUGCCAAACCGAAGAGGGAGUCAGGAGGAUGUGGACGCUCUGAGCACAGUGUUCACGCUCCUUGGCUUUACUGUGUUGGUGCACAACAACUUGACUGCAGAAGCCAUGCGACAAGAACUACGGAUGUUGGGCUCACGGGAUUUUCUGGAUGAAGAUGCGUUGGUGGUGUGCGUGCUCUCCCAUGGAGCAAUGGGAUGUGUCUUUGGGACCGAUGAGCAGAAGGUGUCCUUAAAAGAACUGACCCUGCCCUUCACCAGCAGGGGAGCACCCACCUUGGCAGGGAAGCCCAAACUGUUCUUCAUCCAAGCGUGUCAGGGAAGCGACUACCAGAAAUUAUAUGCGCCAUUUCCCCUGAUGUCAAGACAGGAGGAGGUGGUCAGGGAGAGCUUUGAGGAGGUGGUCAGGGAGAGCUUUGAGGAGGUGGUCAGGGGGAGCUUUGAGGAGGUGGUCAGGGGGAGCCCCCCGGAGGCCGACGCUCAUGGUGUCUUCAGCGAAAUGCCAUCUUGGGAUACCGACUUCCUGCUGGGCAUGGCCACUGUGUCGCAGAGCAUGUCGUUUCGAAACAUUUCCACAGGCUCCUUCUACAUCCAGGAGCUGUGCACGCAGUUGAGGAGGUCAGCAGAAAGCUCGGAGAAGGAUGAUAUACUCGCUGUGCUGACACGUGUGAACAGGGAGGUCAGCAAUAGAGAGUUUCUUGUAUUCAAACAAAUUCCAGAGCCCAAGUACACCCUCACCAAGAAGCUCGUUCUUAAAUAUGUGUGA